AUGAAGCCGUCGCCGAACCAAUCUGCCUCCGCUGCUGCGUACCGAUCUCAAGCGGCGCCGCAUCUUGUCGACGAUGGCAUCUCCUUGAGCAGAACUGUCUCGCACAACGAUUCUAUUCUCCCCGCCGUCCCUCAACAAACCUCUGCCGGUAUACCGCACUCCUCUUCCUCGACAUACAAGGGCCGUCGCACAAGCGACCUGGCAAACUACCGUCGUGACCUUGCCGUUCUUGAUCUCUCUCGUGUGCCACAAAUACAGCAACAGCCCCCCACAGCAACUGUGGCAUCCCAUGUCGCUCCAUGGAUGACCGGCAAUGGCUCUCCCUCGCAGGCCAAUGCUCCUGGCGCCGGGAGCUUCUACAACGAUUCGAGCGACACCCAGUCCAUAACAUCGCAGAUGUCGCCGGUCGGUCUGGCCCCCGCGUCCCGCUCCGGCCCGCUCGCUAGCACGUAUGAAUCGCCAGAUGCCUCCUUCUAUGAUGGCCGCCGCCCGUCCGUUGCAAGCAUUGCCACUGCAAGCAGUGGGGGUUCAAAGGCGAGCAUGUCGCGAGGAGGCUUUCGGAAGCUUCAAGGAUUCUUCGGCGAGGAAUUUCCAGGACGAGAUAGCUCGGAGAUCAGCCUGCCCGGGUCGCUCCCAAGCAAGGACCAGCAUUCUCGGUCUUAUAGCCACAGCCGGCCUUCGCAUCGUGACCGCAAGCAGUCGAAUGCUACAGAUUACACGAGGGAUGCUUCUCCGUCAUCGUCUAGGCCAAGAACACCCGUCCCUGCCGCCCCAGAGGUUGUUCCCUUCCUCUAUCAGGACAACACGGAUAUUGCGCGGUUUGGUGAAGCACCUGUCCGGACAAGCUUGACUGGGCCCGACCGAGAUCGUUAUGUAUCUGAUGCCUCGUCGCAACACCCGCCCAAGUCCUCUUCCUCCUCUCGACCUAAUCACUCCAUUGUACACUUACCCGGGCAUCAUCGCCAUAAUAGGAGCCAUGACGAGACUCGAUCUCUGAGACCAACUGUUAGCCGCGAAGAUUCUGUGUGGAGUGGCCAAUACCCACCCUCACGGGAGCGGGGUGCACAACCCGGCGGAAUGUUGAACGCACGCUCAAGAGCCCAGAGCCCGACCCCUAGUGUUAACAGUGUUCCAGCCCCAGGUUCAAGAUCUGGCCAUGGCGAGGACCAGUCAUCUCCUGGCCACAAUGGAAAGCUCGGCAUAUUUGGCCGGCUGCGUUGGCAUCACAACCACAGCCAAAGGGAAAAGGAGGAGUCCACCAGUGCCUUAUCCCGGUUGAAGAACCUUCCUCAGUCUACCAGAUCCUUGCAGCCUAAGCACUCGAGGGCUGAUCUCCAUCGAAGAGAUAUCUCGCCUUCGCCUCUGCCAGGUGCUUCUAAUCCCGAUUUCGAGGCUCCUGAACCACCCCGAAACCCAACCCCGCGUGGUACUACUUUCAACAACAAAUUCCCCUUCUCCAAGAAGAACCGUGGCCGUAAUCAACAGUACUCGGAAGAAGAUAUUGGCCCGACGGACAGGCGGGAAUCAGAGCACAUGUACCACUUGGAUACGAAUCUGAAUGACAUGGAGGGGAUUUUGACGCGAGCCCCAGCGCUACCCCCCAUGGAUGUGACCUUCUCGAGCAAUGCUGAUCCCGAGCGUCGGGAAUCCAUUGUAUCUCCUGCGCCAAAAGGUAGAUGGGAUGCUCCCGACAGUUGGGCGGUGCGUCGAAACACCGACGAUAAUACGUUUCAUGGCCCAGAGAUGGAUGAGAUUCAAGCCACACCACGCCCCGAUGAGAAGAAGACGCCAUAUUGUAUACGAAUAUUCCGUUCAGAUGGGACUUUCUCGACGCACUCCAUGUCGCUGGACGCAAGUGUGGCAGACGUAAUAUCGCAGGUUGUUAAGAAGACGUACGUCGUCGAUGGCCUCGACAAUUAUCACAUUAUUAUGAAGAAGCAGAAUCUCAUCCGGGUCCUUGCUCCGCCCGAGCGACCACUCCUUAUUCAGAAACGUCUGCUCCAGCAGGUGGGUUACGAGGACAAAGAUCGCAUUGAAGACGUCGGCCGCGAAGACAAUACGUAUCUUUGCCGCUUUAUGUUCUUGUCUGCCAAAGAAAGUGACUUCCAUUCGAGAACAGCAGACUUGACUGUAUCUCGAACGCAAAAGCUCAACUACGUCGAUUUGUCUGGUCGCAACCUUAUUACGAUACCUAUCUCUCUCUACUCAAAAGCAGCUGAUAUCAUCUCGCUCAACCUGUCUCGAAAUUUGUCGUUGGAUGUCCCAAGGGAUUUCAUCCAGUCCUGCAAGCAUCUGCGCGACAUCAAGUUCAAUAAUAACGAGGCCAGAAGACUCCCGCCGAGUCUGAGCCGCGCUAGCAAGCUUACCUAUCUUGAUGUCUCAAACAACCGGGUCGAGCAACUUGAACAUGCUGAGCUAGAGACGUUGAAGGGAUUGCUGAAGAUGAACCUCGCAAAUAAUCGCCUGAAGCACUUGCCCUCGCACUUUGGCGAAUACAAGGCAUUGAGAAGUCUCAAUAUUUCCUCCAACUUUCUGGAAAAGUUUCCUACAUUCUUAUGUCACCUGUAUAGUCUUGUCGAUCUCGAUCUCAGUUUCAAUACCAUCGGUAGCCUCCCCGAAGAUAUUGGUCUGCUCAAGAACCUGGAGAAGCUGCUCAUCACGAACAACAGACUUUCGCACCAAGUGCCUAGUUCGUUUAAAGAUAUGAUGAGUCUACGUGAACUUGACAUCAAGUACAACGGCAUCACAUCCAUCGACAUCAUUUCGGAGCUUCCCAAAUUGGAGAUCCUCUAUGCCGACCAUAACGCUAUAUCAGCCUUUACUGGAAAAUUCGAACGUCUUCGCCAGCUGAAGCUAAACUCGAAUCCGCUUAAUAAGUUCGAGCUUACACAAACCCUGCCGACUUUGAAGACCCUGAACCUCUCCAACGCCCAGCUAGCAAGUAUCGAUGCUACAUUCAUCCAUAUCCCCAACUUAGAGCACCUGAUUCUGGAUAAAAACUACUUCGUCUCAUUGCCCGUACAGAUCGGGACAUUGCUCAAGUUGGAACAUUUCAGUAUUGCCAAUAACUCUGUUGGAGAAUUGCCACCACAAAUUGGCUGCCUUACAGAGCUCCGGGUUCUCAACGUGCGCGGAAACAAUAUUUCCAAGCUUCCAAUGGAAAUAUGGUGGGCGAAGCGACUUGAGACCUUCAAUGCCUCCUCCAACGUCCUUGAGCACUUCCCGAAACCGGCAUCACGCCCCCCUCGGGUUCCCGGAGAAGAACCCCAGCUUCCUACGCCCAUGUCAAACGGGAAGCCCUCGCUCUUGGUGGGAUCAUUAUCUUCAACUGGAAGCAGUGAGGAAUUGUCCGAUGAGAGAAGGCCUAGCCAAACAUCGAGUACUCUGCUCAGCGUUGGGCCAUCUCCGGUUCAAGAUAGGAAGAGCUCCGUGGUGUCUGUCUAUGGAAAAGGCGGACGGAAGACUUCAGUGGUUUCUAGGUCGACGUCACAGAAUACGCUUGCAACCACACCGCCGCCUACAUCGGCCCCUCCGACUAGCAGAAAGGAUUCGAGCUUAUCCUCAAGACUCACCUCGACUUUUGCGGGAUCGCUGCGAUAUCUUUAUCUCGCCGAUAAUCGCCUUGAUGAUGACGUUUUUGACCAAAUAACAUUGCUUGCUGAACUUCGCGUGUUGAACCUGUCAUACAAUGAUGAAAUUACGGAUAUGCCUCAGAGAUCAAUCAAGAGCUGGCCACAGCUGGUAGAACUCUAUCUUUCCGGAAGCCAGCUGGCUAGCUUACCUGCUGAUGACUUGGAAGAGUCGAGUCUCCUGCAAACACUUUACAUCAACGGAAAUAGGUUCACGAACCUGCCAGCUGAUAUCUCGAGGGCAAAGAAGCUCGCCGUUCUCGACUGUGGUAAUAAUUAUCUCAAGUACAAUAUUUCCAACGUGCCGUACGAUUGGAAUUGGAAUCUCAAUCCCAACCUGCGAUACCUCAACUUAUCUGGCAACAAACGACUGGAAAUCAAACAGACAACAUGGGCGGGACAGGGUAUGCCUGGACCAGGUGACGUGGACCGCGAACAGUACACCGACUUCAGCCGGUUGUUGAAUCUCAGGGUUCUUGGGCUGAUGGAUGUCACACUGACACAGCCCAGCAUUCCAGACCAGAGUGAGGAUCGCCGAGUGCGAACAUCUGGCUCCCUGGCAGGUCAUCUCCCAUAUGGUAUGGCAGAUACGCUUGGCAAGAAUGAGCAUCUAUCAACCGUAGACCUGGUUGUUCCUCGUUUCAAUGCCUCAGAGAUUGAAAUGCUCCUUGGUCUUUUUGAUGGACAGGCUCUCUCUAGCGGAGGCUCGAAAAUUGCCAAGUAUUUGCACGAGAACUUUGGAAAUGUCUUCACCCAAGAGCUCAAAGCACUAAAGACUAGGCAAAACGAAACCCCCGCAGAUGCUCUUCGUCGAGCAUUCCUGGCUGUGAACAAGGAUCUUGUAACAGUUUCCAUUCAGCACACCGAAGAUCGCCCUAGAACGACGCAUCGAUCCGCCUCUCAGCCGCUCGUGCUGAGCAAAGAGGACCUUACCUCGGGUGGUGUUGCUACCGUGGUCUAUCUACAGGGAACCGAGCUCUACGUGGCCAAUGUCGGAAACGUCCAGGCCAUGCUAAUUCAAACGGACGGCACGCAUAAGAUCCUGACCCGUAAGCAUGAUCCUGCUGAGCCGUCCGAACGGUCCAGAAUUCGUGAAGCCGGAGGUUGGGUCUCCCGAAAUGGUAGACUGAAUGAUACGUUGGAAGUGUCUCGAGCUUUUGGCUACAGCCAUCUCAUGCCUAUAGUUCAAGCUGCUCCACAUGUCAGCAAUAUGACCAUUAGGGAUACCGACGACAUCAUUCUGAUGGCUACUAGGGAGCUUUGGGAGUAUCUCUCGCCCGGGCUUGUUACGGAUAUUGCUAGGGCUGAAAGAGGAGACCUCAUGCGAGCCGCGCAAAAGUUGCGCGACCUCGCCAUGGCCUAUGGCGCUUCGGGGAAGAUCAUGGUGAUGAUGAUUAGCGUCGCAGACAUCAAGAGGCGAAUGGAACGUUCGCGACUCCACCGCGGCACGAGUAUGUCACUCUAUCCUUCAGGCGUUCCUGAUGAAGCGCAGGCCUUGUCAACAAGGAGAGGUCGCAAGGCCAAAGGAGAUGUUUUGGACUCAUCACUCGGUCGUUUGGAAGCGGAGAUUCCUGCCCCGACAGGUAAUGUCUCAAUCGUCUUCACCGAUAUCAAGAAUUCAACGACACUAUGGGAGAUGUAUCCUAGUGCUAUGAGAUCAGCCAUCAAGUUACACAACGAACUCAUGAGACGUCAGUUACGACGGAUCGGUGGAUACGAAGUCAAAACGGAAGGUGAUGCCUUCAUGGUUUCGUUCCCGACAGCCACGUCAGCUCUGCUCUGGUGCUUCGCGGUCCAGUUGGGUCUGUUGGAUGUUAGCUGGCCUUCCGAAGUGUUGGGAUCUGUUUCAGCGCAGCAGAUCGCAGACAAGGAUGAUAAUGUCAUCUUCAAGGGUCUUUCCGUUCGAAUGGGCAUUCAUUAUGGUGACUGCGUGAGCGAGACGGAUCCUGUAACGCGUCGGAUGGACUAUUUUGGCCCCAUGGUCAAUAAGGCAGCGAGAAUUUCAGCUGUGGCAGAUGGUGGGCAGAUCACAGUGUCGUCGGAUUUCAUCUCUGAAAUCCAGCGCUGUUUGGAAAAUUACCAAGAUGUCGACCGAAGCGGCUCUACGCCAACACCCGAAGACGCUUUUGAGGAUGAGUCGUUUGCCAAUUCUAUUAGGAAGGAUCUUCGAUCUCUAACCUCACAGGGGUUUGAAGUAAAAGAAAUGGGAGAGAAGAAGUUGAAAGGUCUCGAGAACCCCGAAAUGGUCUAUUCUCUCUAUCCCCACGCACUUGCUGGUCGUAUCGAGUAUCACCAAGCGUUUGAGCGGCGUGAAGAAAUUGGCGGUGACAAACCGGCAACUCUCCGUCCUGGGACAGCAGACGAGCUGAAACCCGAAAUGGUCUGGGAGCUUUGGAGAGUCAGUUUACGUCUUGAAAUGCUUUGCAGCACGCUAGAAACCGUUCGAGGACCCGGGCUGCAGCCUCCCGAGACAGAGCUGAUCGAGAGGAUCAAAGCACGGGGAGGUGAAGUGACUGAGAAAUUCCUUUAUAACUUCAUGGAGCAUCAAGUUAGCAGGAUAGAGACCUGUGUCUCUACACUCGCUAUGAGGCACCUAGCCAGAGGCGAAGGGGUGUUGCGAGAACUCAACGACCUGCGCGGCCCAAUGGCAUCCAUCCUGGACUAUUUUGUUCAGCAGAAGAGGGAGCUUGAAAGAUACAAAGACAAGUACGGUGAUCUUUCUGACUCUGACAACGGAGUCGAAGAACUACAGAGCGAGGAGGCAAGCGACACGAUGUUCACCAAUGACCAAAGCAGCGAGUUUGAGCAGGAUUAG